GUUCCUUGUAAAAGAUGACAACUUGACAACAAAAUUCUGCACCGAGAUGGUUUAUACAGCAUAUUUAAAACAAACAUGAUUUCACAUGAAUAAAGCGAAUUAUAUGUUAGAAAAUAUCUAACACACUGUAUGAAGUGAGUUAUUCAAGAUGGCUACCGCGAGAGCAACCCAUUCAGGCUUCUUUGAGGCAUGGAAGACCUGGGAGAUGACAGCGAACAUGAUGACCUUAUUAUGGCUGGCUUGGAUCAUGUAGAGAUCAAAUCUGAACACAGAGAACCUGUCAGCAUUAAAGUUUUAUGGAGCCAUGCCGAUAGUGAUUCUCAACUGAGCAACUUUGAGAUUCCUGAAGGAAUCAAGGUGAAGUCGCCGACUACAGAUGAUGAGCAUUCUCUGGGUAACCAUGAUGACAUUGGGGAGAACAGCGGAGAUCAGAUACUUGACUCAGAGGGAGAACUGUCAGUGCAGCUGAAACAGGAGCCUGAUGAUGAAGAUGAUAAUGAGCAUGCAAUGCUGCCUGCAGAACAUAUGAAUGGUGUACAUAUUCUGCCAGUGUCAGAAGAUGGGAGCAUUCUGACAGAUGCCAGUGAGGCGAUACAUGUGGCAUCUAGCAUCGGUAGUGAACUAGGGGAAAAUGUUAUACAGUACCUUCUGCCCUCUGCAGGACAUCAGGUUUCUGACGGGCAUGAGGCUGGUCUGCAGGGGGUCAGCAUCAAUCUGGGGUCAGUAGGUCUUACAGGGACACACGUCCUGGGGACGGCCAUACAGGAGCUGCAGGCUAUCACCCUGGCUGAUGGAAACACUGCCUUCAUACAGCCACCUGCUGGCUCAAAAUUCCUUGAGGGUCAAACAAUAACCCUGGAAGAUGGCAGCACUGCUGUUGUGCAGAGCAUAGGUCAUCAAGUUCCUUCAAUGAACCUGAUGAACACGUCAAUGUCAAGUGUGGACACCACCUCGGGUGUCUCCAUGCUGGAUGAGAACACUACCAGCUACAUAAACCAGGCUGUUAAAGACAAUCUGCAAGCCAUAAUCCUGGAGGAUGGCACCACAGCCUACCUGGCCACACAACCUUCUAGCACUGGAGGUCUGCAGGAUGGGCGCCAUCUUGAGCCUUCGACCUUGACCUUAGAUCAGCUGACCAGCCAUAGUUCCAGCGUGCAGGACGUGCUAUCUAACGCCAUUAUCAACGUCGACCCUUUGUCAGGAGAGGCACAGGUGACCACAGUGGGCCCAUACCCAGGUGUGUCUGGUACUGGUGGAGACAAGAUGUCUUCUACUGCAACUGUUGUACAAAGUAUCGAUGGGGAGAAGGUUGGCCAGUUAAUCCUAGAGAAGGGAUAUUGCUGUAAGUUUGAGGGAUGCGGACGAUACUACACUACACUGCACCAUCUACGGGUCCAUGAGAGAUCACACACAGGGGACCGCCCGUUCAAGUGUGAGUAUGAGCGCUGUGACAAGGCGUUUGCCACGGGGUACGGCCUCAAGUCACACAUGCGGGUACACACAGGGGAGAAACCAUACAAAUGUCCCCAGCAGAACUGUGACAAGGCCUUCAAGACAUCUGGGGAUCUGCAGAAACAUGUCCGCACGCACACAGGAGAGAAGCCUUUCAAGUGCCCAUUUGUUGGGUGUGACCGCUCGUUCACAACGUCUAACAUCCGUAAGGUGCACAUCCGCACUCACACAGGCGAGCGUCCAUACAUCUGCCCUGAGGAGGACUGCGGGAGGGCAUUUGCCUCGGCUACCAACUACAAGAACCACGUGCGCAUUCAUACUGGUGAGAAGCCUUAUGUUUGCACAGUGAUGGGUUGCGGGAAGCGGUUUACUGAGUACUCAAGCCUCUACAAGCACCAUGUCGUUCAUACUCACUCCAAGCCUUACACAUGUGAACGGUGCGGCAAAACAUACCGCCAGACAUCCACGCUCGCCAUGCACAAACGUACAACGCAUGGGGAGAAUGUGACAGCAGACGGAGAGGAGUUGAUCUAUCAGGACGGCUCUAAAGGUUUUAAUGAGGAAGAUGGGAUAAUAAACGGAGAAAUUGACGAUGGAGAACCAUUGGAACCGCCCGGCAAGAAACAGCGUUUGUCCUUCCUCAAUGUGUCCCAGGAAGCAGGGGUAGCCAGAACUCUGGUCAUCAACUCCUCCAGCCAACACCAACAGUUUGCCCUGGUAGAUGGACUGAGCAUGCUGGGGGAGGGACUACAGGCAACCCUCAACAGCCAGACUCUCAUUCAGCACGGAGGGCUGGCCUUCACCCUGGGAGACAACACACAGCAGGUCUUCGUCAUCACGGACCCAGCACAGCUAGAGGCUCUUCAGCAAAUUGCAAAACACCAGAUAGACAAUGAAGCAGAGGAAAGCGCAUUACUAACCAACCCAACCUCAAGCGAGUCGUCUGUUUUUGAAAGCCCAGGGGUAACCUUGGUUACGGAAAUAGGUGGCUCAGAGAUUGAUCACGGAAAAGAUGACUUUACUGGCAGCAUAUCAACUAUAGAGUUAUCAUCAAAAUCCCCAGGGUCUUUGUGCAUUGACAAUUUAUGAUACAGUAUAUUAGUUUAAAUAAUAAUUAAUAGUUUAAUAGUAUUUUCAGUUCUCAAUUGAAGGUAAUUCAUAAAUGAAUAUUUUGUAAUAUUUAAUAGUUUUGCCUUAUCAAUAACUAUGUAACCAAUUCAAAGAAUACAUUUACAUGGAUAUAAAUUGCUCCAUAAACACUGCCGAAUACUAUUAUGCUAUAUACAAACUUCCUACAACAAAAAGUGCCAUAUGAAGGUUUAUUUCAAUAGGAAGACACUAAAACAAGUACAAUUGGUGUAAAAACAUUUAAUUACAAACAUUCUGUCAUUAUUAAUUUAGCAUCAAAAAUCCUUUCUCUACGUCAUCUUGUGUAGUUUUAAAAAUGAUCUUGAAUCAGGAUUGAGUCAGGAUCUUAUUAAUUCAGUUUACGUUAAUUUGCAUAAUUUGGAGGGCACAUGCCUGUGCUUUCUAUUAGAUCAUGCACUAUUAUUUUAGAUAAAGUGCAACUUCAAAAUCAUGGGGAAAACCCCAUGAAUGCGGGGAAUCACGUGGUCAGAUUUGAGAAAAAAUGGCCGCCGAUGCCUCGAUUCGAUGGAGAAAUUGAGUCUUCAAACAGGUACAUCUACCUUAUUACUUACUUGUUUUUAUUUGGAUAAUCAUAGCACCAACCGGAAGCGGUUUCAGUGAGUAUCGGUGGCCAUUUUUUCUCAAAUCUGACCACGUGAUUCCCCGCAUUGCCAUUGUUUCCUUGAAACAGUUCCAUUUAGUCAUGUAUUGCCCUACAUACGCUUUCAUUUGGCACACUCACUUUGGUGACAGCUCUUGUUUUACUUGUUGAUUUGGUAAGAGAUGGACGUUCUGGCUUGAGAUCCACUAAUUUAUAAGGUAAUGAUUAUUGAUGAGAACUAAGUCAUGCUUCCGACACUGCUCAGAGCAAAUCUUAGACUUGCUCAUAAAUGUUUGGAUAUUGUCGUCGGAAAUUCCCAUGGUAUAUAUUGUCCAACAAAAAUAAAAAAACUAGCAUUUUGUAUCUUGUUUAAUCGAUGUUACCAGACCUCAUCUAGCAUUUAAAUUUGGCUAUUGCGAUUUGGAACACUGAUUUUGUAUGGGUUUACCUUGUUUUAUAAAGUAUGCUUUUAUUUUUAGUGGAUCUUUAUGAGUUGUCCCGUAUUCAUGUUUAUGUCUCAUUUUAAAGUAUAACAUAUAGUUGAACAUUGACAUGGAUAUCAGUAAAUAAGCAAUUUUAAAUAUUUGUAUUGGCUUCUACAGUUGUACACACGAUUACUAGCAUCUAAUAACAAUUAUAUGCUACAUAUACUCGUAUUUAUCUUCUGUGUCAAUGAAAGAAAUGUCCUCGAAAAUCGAUGCACAAUUGCCCUAUUGUGAGACACCAGUUUAUUUUUAUCGUUAAUCAUGACAUGCCUAAUAUUAAAAAAAUUAAACCUAGGAUAAUAUGAAAAAGUAGCUGGUUAGUUAAUAAGACAUGUAUCAAAUUUGAGAGCAUUGACCAAAGAUUAAAAAUAUCCGUAUACUUGUAAUUGUUCAUCUUGACAUAUAGCAGAAAAUGUGGGAGCAACCACACGCCGGGUAUGCGGAUACUUUAAUAACAGAUGGCACUUCGAUACCAGAUAACAACUAAAGCCACGCGUGAGAUUUGAGUUUUCAGCUUUUUGCAGUUAUGUUCUGUUUAUUUGGUUUUUAGACACGUAACAUUGUUUGAUUAAUAGUAUAGUACUUCGUAUUGCAGAACAAGAAAGUCGUGGAAAAAAGCAGGAGAUUAUAAAAAAAAGAGAUAAAAUGUCAUCGAUAAUCGUCAUGAAUUCGAUGAUAAGUACGUAUUUAAACAAAAUAAAAAUACAUUGAAAUAAAUCAAGAACGUGCCAACUAAUCGAUAUAAACGAUCAACAUGUCCAUUAAUGUUACAACAUGUUAAAUUUUAGUUGCAUAACGUACUUGAGGAAAUUCAAAUGUUUUAAGAGUCGGAUUCCAAAUGUUCAUGGACACUUCUUUUACCGAUCAUCUCAAAGACAAUGGCACUUCAAUUCCAGAUAACUCGACACUUUUUACCAGAUAUAACACACUCUAUUUAGUGUAUCAGAAAUGCAGAAUUCGCUGUAGAAUACUGCCAUAGUAAGCAGUCAAUAAAUAAAAAUGUACGUACUGACGUAAAUUAAAAACGAAUUACCGAAACAUGUUCUUAUCCUUUUGGAAUAUAAUAAUAACAGGGAAAGGGAAGGGUAAAGCUCAAUUUAAAGGGAGUUUUCACAUCUCUUUUAAAUUGUGUGGCUACGCAUUAGUAUCGUUUUCGUGAUGCGAUUCUAAUGAGCAGCAAUGACAAAGGUGUAUUGGCCGCUUUAAGACCCCUUGCUCCCCUUAUCUAGAGUUCUUCUAUAAGUUCAAUUGAACACAGUCGUGUUGAUCCACAUGAUCCGUUGUAUUUUCUAUUCUCUUAAUCUCAAUUUAGAAACAAGUUUAUUAUUUAGACAAUUAUUUUCGGUCGUCACUUGAAAUAUAUUACUUCAGAAAUAAGCAUUUGAAUCUUAUUAUGCCCCCCUUCGAAGAAGAGGGGGUAUAUUGCUUUGCUCAUGUCGGUCCACCAGGUGGUUUCCGGAUGAUAACUCAAGAACACUUACGCCUAUGAUCAUGAAACUUCAUAGGAACAUUGAUCAUGACUCGCAGAUGACCCCUAUUGAUUUUGACGUCACUAGGUCAAAGGUUACGGUGACCCGAAAUAGUAAAAUGGUUUCCGGAUGAUAACUCAAGAACGCUUAUGCCUAGGAUCAUGAAACUUGAUAGGUAGAUUGAUCAGGACUCGCAGAUGACCCCUAUUGAUUUUCAGGUUACUAGGUCAAAGGUCAAGGUCACGGUGACCCGAAAUAGUAAAAUGGUUUCCAGAUGAUAACUCAAGAACGCUUAUGCCUAGAAUCAUGAAACUUCAUAGGUAGAUUGAUAACGACUGGCAGAUGACCCCUAUUGAUUUUCAGGUCACUAGGUCAAAGGUCAAGGUCACGGUGAACCGAAAUAGUAAAAUGGUUUCCGGAUGAUAACUCAAGAACGCUUAUGCCUAGGAUCAUGAAACUUCAUAGGUAGAUUGAUGAUGACUCACAGAUGACCCCUAUUGAUUUUCAGGACACUAGGUCAAAGGUCAAGGUCACAGUGAUCCGAAAUAGUAAAAUGGUUUCCGGAUGAUGACUCAAUAAUGCUUAUGCCUAGGAUCAUGAAACUUGAUAGGUAGAUUGAUCAUGACUCGCAGUUGACCCCUAUUGAUUUUCAGGUCACUAUAUCAAAGGUCAAGGUCACAGUGACCCGAAAUAGUAAAAUGGUUUCCGGAUGAUAACUCAAGAACGCUUGUGGCUAUGAUCAUGAAACUUCAUAGGUACAUUGAUCAUGACUCGCAGAUGUUCCCUAUUGAUUUUCAGGUCACUAGGUCAAAGGUUAAGGUCAUGGUGACCCGAAAUAGUAAAAUGGUUUCCAGAUGAUAACUCAAGAACGCUUAUGCCUAGGAUCAUGAAACUUCAUAGGUACAUUGAUCAUGACUCGCAGAUGGCCCCCUUUUGAUUUUGAGGUCACUAGGUCAUAGGUCAAGGUCAUGGUGACCCGAAAUAGUAACAUGAUUUCCGGAUGAUAACUCAAGAACGCUUAUGCUUAGAAUCAUGAAACUUCAUAGGUACAUUGAUCAUGACUCACAGAUGACCCCUAUCGAUUUUCAGGUCACUAGUUUACAAUUUGCACUUAAAAAGCAAUUAUAUAAAUUAAUAGUAAUACGAUUUUUGAAAACGAACAACGCCAUUGGUUAUAUUUUACGUGUGUAUGUUAUUACGUUAUUCAUAGAUUCCCAAUGUGUCGAGCUUGACAAUGGAAAUUGAUUCGUACUUCAAAAUGUUUGGUAAAAAUAGUCAUAAUAGACAUAAAUGCAUUUCAUGUAGAAGAUAAAACUCGGUUAUCAGAGUGCCCAAUUUGUUGAAAGUCUCUGUUAUCCGAAGUGCCCUAUAUCGGGAAUCAAAGUAUCCGCAACUUCAUGAAUACCACCUAUAACAACAUGCUCUAUCUUCGUUUAUGUUUCUUUGAAUACUUUAAAAAUUUCAGUAUUUGAAGCAGAGUGAUUACUCUACAUGCUAGAAUAUCAAACAAUUUCUUGCAAUAUUUCUAAGUAGUUUCAUUUUCUUGAAAUGUUUACUGUUAAUCUAGUUUAUGCUGUUUUCCGACCGAAUUUUCUAUAUUUGGGGGGAAAAUCUACCAUUCUUCCGUGAUGUUUUUCUUAAGACUUUGCAAUGGAAAGGAUAUACCAUUUAUAAACUCGACCAUGCGCCUUGUCUAAAAAACUAAUCUUUAUGAUAUAACUUAAAAAGCAACUGAUGAACUAACCUCUCGCGAGGGGCUUUUGUUGUUAUCUGGUAUUGAAGUGCCAUCUGUUAUCAAAGCAUCCGCAUACCCAGCGUGAACCAUAUUUUAUAACUGUCUAAUUUUUAUGCGAAGUUUCUUGUUUAACUAUAUGAAUGUUAAUUGAAAAAAUAAAAUAUACAUUAACUAUCA